AUGCAGAACGAGUUGUACGAGCAGCGGCACAACGCCCGACAGACCCCGCUCUACCCCUUUGCCACCCCUUCCGCGACUCCACGGGCGGCUUCCCUAUCCGCUGGGUAUAGCCGUCUCGCGGCGUAUAAGAGGCAGGGGCGGAAUCCCUUUCAAUCAGCAAUCUGCCUCUUCCUCUCCUCUCUUCCACCUCUCCUCUCCUCUCUUCCUCGCCUCUUCACCUGUCCACCUCCAGUGACCACGCAUCUGAUAAUGUACUUUCUCGCUCCUGAUCGUCACUACCAGCAUCACUUUCUUCCUACUCUCAUGAGCAGACGCCGACGGCACGCUGGCCGACGUCGUCAGGUGAUCUCGCCUUUUGUCGACCACGGUGAUUGCCAGCGACGCAAAGCAGACGAUGGGCAACAUGUCUCGGUCCAGCUACUCGCCGCGACCGACGUCGAACUCAAGCUCACAACCAACACGAAGUUGACGCACGCAGGCACGUCUGCCUUGUUUCCCUUGAGGCCGUCCGCGUCGUGUGUCCUGGGGCUCACCACCGCGGUACACGACGAGCAAGAGCAUCGCGCUCCUGCGAAUAACCCACGGCCGUUCUCUCCCGACACCGCCCGCCAUCCCCAUCCCAUUAUCUUCGACGACUCAUAUGCCGCCCCACGUUUCAUGAACGUGUCCUUCCGACACCACUACGGAGUAUAUGCCAAGGACGCUGUCCUUGCCGACGACCGCACCGAUGCCGGCGUCCCCAAUACAACUCACGAAAGCGCCGAAAACGCUGUCAAGUCCAUGCGGUCGUCGACGACGCAUGCUCGGUCGACCCCCAAGGCGGAUCCCUCGAUCACGAAGACGCAUUUUUCUGCAUAUGCGGAGCCGCCGGAGGCCUGCGUGCGCUUCCUCGGCGAAGAACGCGACGAGGGGUGGACCCCUCCCGUCCGAUGUCACGCGAAGAGGAAUACUGCUGAGUAUGUCGCCGCACUGAACGUAUGCCGGCAUUUCUGUGAGAUCCCGAACCGCCGGAGGCACGCGUGGGCUCUCUUGGUGAACGACGCGACGAGCGCGCCAGAGGGUUAUGCACAGGUAUUUUCUGCCAACCCCGAGCCGCCGGAGGCAUGCGCGCGAUCCCUAGGCGAAGAACGCGAUGAGGGGCGUAUAUUGCUUUGCCACGAACCCAAACCGCCGGAGGCUCACGCCCUCGUCUCUUCGGCGGACGCCCUCGAAGAGAGUUGGUGGAGUAGAGCCGGUAGGACUGUCAGGUUGCGCUCUCAUACGGACGUAGCACACUGGGACCAUCGCUGA